AUGAAAUUAUUCGUGAGGCUAGCAAAUGGAGUCCUGGAUUGGCUGCUGCUUGUGAAGUAUGGAAGGAAAUUAAAAUUGAAUACGCUGCAAUGGAUACCUUGUAAUCUACUAAUUGACAUUUGUUCCUCAUGUGAUACUUAG